GGGUUUUCCGUCGCCGCCAGGGAAGAAGUCGGAGGAGAGGGGGAGAAGCACACCAGCGAAACCCUAGGGCCAAAGGGGGCUUUUAUAGGCGAUGAUGAGGGGCUGGCGACAGCCUGUCGCCAGCGAAUAACCCAGACGCAAAGGUCGGGUUCGCCAAACGCAGAGCUCGGCAUCGCCUAACGCAGAGCUCGGAGGCGAACGCAGAGCUCGAGGGGGGUUCGAAACGCAGAGCUCAGGCUUCGAGCUUCGUAGGCUGGACUACCGGAGCUCGCCUGCGACCAUCGAACUCGUCGGAGCUCGUCGGAGCUCCUCUUCGCCGGCGGAGGUUUGUUUUCCACCCCCAAUUCUAACACACUGGCCUCGUGGAACGACUCUGUUCAUUUCUGUCGAUGGCAAGGCAUCACUUGUGGUGGCUUCCGACAUCCUCAAAGGGUCGCAUCCUUGAACUUGAGCUCCCUCGAUCUUGUUGGAGUUAUUUCGACGGCCAUAGCUAACCUCACAUUUCUUAGGGAGAUUGAUCUGUCGGACAAUCAAAUUAAUGGAUCCAUCCCACAAGAGAUUGGUCACCUUUCCAGAUUGACACAUCUUGACUUGAGUUCGAAUUCUCUUGAAGGAGGUAUUCCUGCUUCACUCUCUCACUGUUCAAAAUUAGAGGUACUUUUUCUGCGGGAUAACAAGCUCCAAGGUGAAAUUCCAGUCAGUCUCAGCAAUUGCUCCAGCCUACAGGUCCUAAAUUUAAAAAACAAUAGCCUCACAGGACGUAUACCUUCUUCAUUAACAAGUCUUUCCUUGCUUUCUGGUCUAUCUAUGGCCGGAAACAAAUUAUAUGGCGGCAUCCCGCAUACCAUUGGAAACCUCACCUCUCUAACCGUACUUUAUUUGAACAAUAACAGCCUUAGUGGCAGCAUCCCAUCUAGCAUAGCUAACCUCACCUCUCUAACUGUACUUUACUUGUACAAUAACGAACUCACUGGCAGCAUCCCACCGAGCAUAGGGAAUCUCAUUUCUCUUACUAGCUUUGCACUUGAUACUAACCAAUUAUCAGGAAGCAUACCACACUCCAUCGGUAGGCUUUCUGAAGUAAAAGAACUUUCUUUGUCAGCCAACAGCCUCUCUGGAGGCGUACCACCUUCACUGUGGAAUCUCUCUUCUCUUUCUCAUCUAUCUAUGUCAUUUACCUAUCACCUAUCUGGGUCACUCCCACCAAACAUAGGCCAAGCUCUUCCUCUGCUUGAAACAUUUUACCUGGCCUUUAACCAAUUCCACGGACCAAUCCCAAUGUCAUUGUCCAAUGCAUCUCGUCUUCAAAACAUUGAUCUUUCUGGAAAUAGCUUCAGUGGCGUAAUCCCUCCUAGCCUCGGACGUUUACGAGAGCUGCAAUCACUAAUUCUAUAUAGUAACCACUUGGAAACCAUGACACCUGAUGGAUGGAAUUUCCUAACCGCGUUGACCAAUUGUACCCAGUUGGAGUGGUUGACCCUAGCGUCAAAUAAGCUUAGAGGCGUGCUACCAAAUUCAAUCGCCAACCUUUCCACCAAUCUUCAGGGUCUAUAUAUGGAUAAUAACUACAUCUCUGGAAAAAUAUCUUCUGAUAUCGGAAACCUCGUAAACCUUAUGGUGCUUCGUAUGGAUGGAAACUCGCUUUAUGGCUCUAUUCCUUCCAGCAUCGGGAUGCUUCGGAACUUGCAUGCAUUGGAUUUGGGCAAUAACAAGCUAUCUGGAGAGAUUCCAUCUACCAUCGGCAACCUUACUCAAUUGAAUGAACUUUAUCUAGAUUCCAAUGAACUAAGCGGAAAUAUACCAGUAAGUCUGGGAAAGUGCCAAAACCUAAUAUAUCUAAAUCUUGGAUCUAACAAACUUACGGGUAAUAUACCCAAAGAAAUAGUCUCCAUAUCUGGACUCUCCAUAUAUUUAAGUUUGGCAUCCAAUGCACUGUCAGGGCCAAUACCAUCUGAAAUCGGGAGCUUAAUAAACGUGAAUAUAUUAGAUUUCAGCAUGAACAAAUUGUCUGGUGAAAUCCCUAGCAGUCUCGGUCAGUGUCAAGUGCUGGAAGGACUUUAUCUUGAACGCAGAGCUCGGAGGCGAACGCAGAGCUCGAGGGGGGUUCGAAACGCAGAGCUCAGGCUUCGAGCUUCGUCGGCUGGACUACCGGAGCUCGCCUGCGACCAUCGAACUCGUCGGAGCUCGUCGGAGCUCCUCUUCGCCGGCGGAGGUUUGUUUUCCACCCCCAAUUCUAACACACUGGCCUCGUGGAACGACUCUGUUCAUUUCUGUCGAUGGCAAGGCAUCACUUGUGGUGGCUUCCGACAUCCUCAAAGGGUCGCAUCCUUGAACUUGAGCUCCCUCGAUCUUGUUGGAGUUAUUUCGACGGCCAUAGCUAACCUCACAUUUCUUAGGGAGAUUGAUCUGUCGGACAAUCAAAUUAAUGGAUCCAUCCCACAAGAGAUUGGUCACCUUUCCAGAUUGACACAUCUUGACUUGAGUUCGAAUUCUCUUGAAGGAGGUAUUCCUGCUUCACUCUCUCACUGUUCAAAAUUAGAGGUACUUUUUCUGCGGGAUAACAAGCUCCAAGGUGAAAUUCCAGUCAGUCUCAGCAAUUGUUCCAGCCUACAGCUCCUAACUUUAAAAAACAAUAGCCUCACAGGACGUAUACCUUCUUCAUUAACAAGUCUUUCCUUGCUUUCUGGUCUAUCUAUGGCCGGAAACAAAUUAUAUGGCGGCAUCCCGCAUACCAUUGGAAACCUCACCUCUCUAACCGUACUUUAUUUGAACAAUAACAGCCUUAGUGGCAGCAUCCCAUCUAGCAUAGCUAACCUCACCUCUCUAACUGUACUUUACUUGUACAAUAACGAACUCACUGGCAGCAUCCCACCGAGCAUAGGGAAUCUCAUUUCUCUUACUAGCUUUGCACUUGAUACUAACCAAUUAUCAGGAAGCAUACCACACUCCAUCGGUAGGCUUUCUGAAGUAAAAGAACUUUCUUUGUCAGCCAACAGCCUCUCUGGAGGCGUACCACCUUCACUGUGGAAUCUCUCUUCUCUUUCUCAUCUAUCUAUGUCAUUUACCUAUCACCUAUCUGGGUCACUCCCACCAAACAUAGGCCAAGCUCUUCCUCUGCUUGAAACAUUUUACCUGGCCUUUAACCAAUUCCACGGACCAAUCCCAAUGUCAUUGUCCAAUGCAUCUCGUCUUCAAUACAUUGAGCUUGGUGGAAAUAGCUUCAGUGGCAUAAUCCCUCCUACCCUCGGACGUUUACGAGAGCUGCAAUCACUAUUUCUAUAUAGUAACCACUUAGAAACCACGGAACCUGAUGGAUGGACAUUCCUAACCGCUUUGACCAAUUGUACCCAGUUGGAGUGGUUGACCCUAUCGUCAAAUAAGCUUAGAGGCGUGCUACCAAAUUCAAUCGCCAACCUUUCCACCAAUCUUCAGGGUCUAUAUAUGGAUAAUAACUACAUCUCUGGAAAAAUAUCUUCUGAUAUCGGAAACCUCGUAAACCUUAUGGUGCUUCGUAUGGAUGGAAACUCGCUUUAUGGCUCUAUUCCUUCCAGCAUCGGGAUGCUUCGGAACUUGCAUGCAUUGGAUUUGGGCAAUAACAAGCUAUCUGGAGAGAUUCCAUCUACCAUCGGCAACCUUACUCAAUUGAAUGAACUUUAUCUAGAUUCCAGUGAACUAAGCGAAAAUAUACCAGUAAGUCUGGGAAAGUGCCAAAACCUAAUAUAUCUAAAUCUUGGAUCUAACAAACUUACGGGUAGUAUACCCAAAGAAAUAGUCUCCAUUUCUAGGCUCUCCAUACAUUUAAGUUUGGCAUCCAAUUCACUGUCAGGGCCAAUACCAUCUGAAAUCGGGAGCUUAAUAAAUGUGAAUAUAUUAGAUUUCAGCAUGAACAAAUUGUCUGGUGAAAUCCCUAUCACUCUCAGUGAGUGUCAAGUGCUGGAGGAACUUUAUGUUGGUGGAAAUCUCUUUCAAGGAAGUAUUCCUUCUUCUUUAGCCUCGUUAAGAGGCAUCCAGAAGCUCGAUUUUUCAAAAAAUAACUUGUCGGGAAAAAUACCUGACUUCUUACAAGAUUUUCAUGGCCUAAACUAUUUGAAUCUGUCCUUCAAUAACUUUGAAGGUGAAGUGCCACUACUUGGUGUGUUUGCAAAUGCAAGUGCAGUUUCAGUUAUUGGAAAUAGUAAGCUUUGUGGUGGGAACCCAGAAAUGCAUCUGCCAGCUUGCCCUUCUGAACCCUUUAACAAGAAACAUGGAUCACGCACAGUAAUAGUGAUCUGCGGGAGUACUAUUUUAUUUAUAUUAGUGAUUCUUCUUUUCUGUUUCCUCGUAGUCCGACGCUGUCGAAAAGGUUCAAGAAGAAAAUCUCUCGACUCAUCACCCACAAUCGAGCAAAAUGUGAAGGUCACUUAUGGUGAUCUUGUGAGAGCCACAGAUGGAUUUUCUGAGGACAAUAUAAUUGGGACUGGUAGUUUUGGUAGAGUAUAUAAAGGACUACUCGAUGUUGAAAGUACGAAAGUUGUUGCUGUAAAGGUAUUGAAUCUUCAAAUACCAGGAGCAUCGAGGACAUUUAUAGCAGAAUGUAAUGCUGUGAAAAACAUCCGGCAUCGGAAUCUUCUCAAGAUCCUUACAGUAUGUUCAAGUGUAGAUUUCAAAGGUAAUGACUUCAAAGCUGUAGUUUUUGAGUUCAUGGAAAAUGGAAGUUUAGAUGAUUGGUUGCAUCCCAAAGCAAAUGAGCAGUCCAAACCAAAGAAAUUGGACCUUACGGCAAGGUUAGAUAUAGCUAUUGAUGUAGCUUAUGCUUUGGAUUAUCUCCACCAUCAAUGUGGCAAACCAAUUGUUCACUGUGAUCUAAAGCCAAGCAACAUUCUUCUGGAUGAUAAUAUUACUGCUCACGUCGGUGACUUUGGGUUUGCCAAGUUUCUCAAAAAGGUUACCUCUCAGUACUCAACAAGUUCAGCCGGUCUCAGAGGAACUAUCGGGUAUAUUGCUCCAGAGUACGGAAUGGGGAAUGAAGUUUCAACUUGUGGAGAUGUGUAUAGCUAUGGGAUCCUUUUAUUGGAAAUGUUUACAGGAAAGAGACCCACUGAUGAUAUGUUUGUAGGAGGUCUUACUCUUCCUAUGUUUGUGAAGAUGGCAUUUCCUGAACAAAUCACAAAUGUCAUUGACGCUCAUUUGCUCACACCAAGUGAUGAUGCUGAAAGCAUGAAUUAUGCAAGAGCAACCAACUGCAUGGCUUCAAUUCUUAGAAUUGGUAUCUCUUGCUCAAAUGAAUUACCAGCAGAGAGAAUGGAGACGGACAAAAUCAUCAAGGAACUGCAUAUUGUUAGAGAUAUGUUCAUGAGGAAUGGAAAUUAUGGGGAGAGACAGAGAGUACUGCAGAGUGGUGAAGGUCCAUCUACAAAUAUUCACAGACAGACAUUGGACCGACAUUGUCUGCUCGAGCAAACUACUGUAGAGGAAUGGAGAUAGAGAAUGUAUUGAAGCAAGCAAAUGGUAUCAGGAACAUAGAGAUUUAUAGAGACAAUAAGAGAGAUUAACUUGUUUUUAUAUAUGUUCUCACAGUGGUUUCUUCGUAAUCAGUAGAUUUGGAUUGUUUGGAAGUAUACCUUUAUCUAUUAUUCUAAAUCUUUUUUU